AAUCUCAUUGGUGAUGCACUGAAAAUAUAUGCAUCUAGAUGGCUACCAAACAUAAGGAAGAAUGUGAUUGUCAAGAGGGAAAGUGAAUCGGACUCGGAUUCAGAUUCAGCUAGUGAGUUGACUUCAAAGCAUAGACUGCUUUUGGAGUCAAUAGUGAGCUUGCUUCCAGCAGAGAAAGGUGCUGUUUCUUGCAGCUUCCUUCUUAAACUCUUGAAGGCAGCGAAUAUUCUCAAUGCUUCUGCUUCUUCAAAGGUGGAAUUGGCCACAAGGGUAGGACUUCAGUUGGAGGAAGCCACGGUUAAUGAUCUUUUAAUACGCUCAGUGUCCAACACAAAUGAUAUGGUGUAUGACGUAGACUUGGUGAUGAUCAUAUUGGAACAAUUUAUGUUGCAAGGUCAGAGUCCACCAACAAGCCCUCCAAGAUCAAGGUUGACCAUUGAAAGGAGGAGGUCUCGUUCUGCAGAGAAUAUUAACUUCGAGUUCCAAGAGAGUAGAAGGUCCUCCUCAGCUUCUCAUAGCUCAAAGCUGAAGGUGGCUAAGCUUGUGGAUAGGUACCUUCAGGAGGUUGCCAGGGAUGCGAAUUUGCCUCUCUCAAAAUUCAUUGCCCUUGCUGAAACUAUACCAGAAUUUGCUAGACUUGACCAUGAUGACCUAUACAGAGCUAUUGACAUUUAUCUCAAGGCACAUCCAGAACUCAAUAAGAGUGAAAGGAAGAGACUGUGUCGAAUUCUAGACUGCAAAAAGCUGUCUAUGGAAGCUUGCAUGCAUGCAGCACAGAACGAGCUCCUUCCCCUAAGGGUGGUUGUCCAAGUUCUCUUCUUUGAGCAAGCACGAGCAGCAGCAUCUGGUGGAAAAGUGAGUGACAUGCCAAGCAACCUCAAGGCGUUACUCACUGCUCAUGGCAUUGACCCAUCAAAACACAAAGCACCAUUGAGCACCACAACAAGUAUACAUGCUGAUGACAAUUGGAGUGUUUCUGGAUUUAAGACACCAAAGUCAACUAGGAAUCCAACUCUCAGGAUGAAGCUAGCUGAGGAUGACCUGGAUGAAAAUGUGGUACCCCGUGAUGAAAUUGGAAGAACUUCUAGAUUUAAGGGUCUUCUUGCUUUUCCCACUCAACCCAAACGAAUGUUCAGCAAGUUGUGGGCUACCAACAAAAGUGCCACUGAAAAGAAUUGAGUGAACUUUUUCGAUUUUUGCAUCAUGGGGGUGGGAAAUUUAGAGGGUAACAUAUGAUAUACUAUAUUUUUCACUUUUUCAAAAGGUCUUGUAACAUCUAGGGAAAAUCAAUGUGCAUUGUUCGUGUAACCUAUAAUAAUAAGAAGUAAGAUUUUUCACAAGAGGGGAAAUGUGUUUGGUAAA